AAAAGGAGGACAAAUGAGUGUCUGGCUUAAGGCUGCGCCUGCAGCCGGACAGGGCAUUUAAAAGCCGGAUGAAUGGCCACCCUAGUAACGGCUGGAUUGACCGCAGUUAAUGAGCCUAGGCAUAAGCUAACUGCCUGUACUUAAGCUAAGGUUUCUGGUGAGCACAAGAAACUAUCUUGUGCUCACGAGAAACGUUUAAUUUUUUCUUUUUUUCCCAAUGGGGCCCUGUAUCUUCACACCGGUGCACCGGCAAUAAUAGUCCCCGGUAAUUCACUUCCGUUGUGGCUUGUCUCGGCCACUGUAAUUAACAGAUACAUUAACAGAUACAUUAAUAGAUAACAGAUGCAUUAUUCAAACACAUUGAUGUCUUUUUUAAAAUCACAUUACUGAUAAUUUUUUCAACUUCUUGUUUGAUCACAGAACAGUACUUCAUCCCAGUCAGCUGUUUCCUGCUCUUUAACCUGUGUGACUGGGGUGGGCGGAGCUUAACAGCUGUCUGUAUGUGGCCAGGGAAGGACAGCCUGUUACUUCCGGUGUUCAUCGUGUGCCGUGUUGUCUUCGUCCCGCUCUUCAUGUUGUGUAACGUCCAGCCUCGUGUCCAUCUGCCCAUCUUCUUCCAUCAUGACAGCUGGUUCAUCUUCUUCAUGAUCCUCUUUGCCUUCAGUAACGGAUACCUGGCUAGCCUCUGCAUGUGCUUCGGACCAAAGAAUGUUCUUCCUCAUGAAGCAGAAACAGCUGGAGCCAUCAUGGCUUUCUUUCUGUCUCUGGGGUUGGCUUUAGGAGCUGCUCUGUCCUUCAUCUUCAGAGCACUGGUUUAACUGGAAAAUGCAUCUUAACUACUGGCUCAACUGGAAACGGCAUAUUAACUACUGGUCUAAUUGGAAUACUACCUAUUUACUACUGGAUUAACUGGUUUACAGACUGUUUGUUACUGGUCUGACUGGUAGAAAAGGUUUUAUUAAAAAAAUUCUGUUCAGAGUUUGGAUUUAAAGUUCUAGCUGACCGUCAGAUAUUUUUUAAAUGAACUUGUAAUCAAAUUGUGCAGCUCAACAACCACAGUUAACAUUUUUUCCUGACUGUGGUACUACAGGAAUUCUCAUCAGGAAUGUAAAUAUACAGUUUUGAUCAUGUCUGUCUGUUAAAGACAUCUUCAGAUCUUGAGACCUCUGACAAAGACUGGUGGAGGAGAAAGUACACAUCUGAUAUGUAUACACAUAUCUACAGUAUACAUCUGUAAUAUUUAUAAAAAAUAUAAUUCAUAUUAUAACAUAUGCAUAUAAUUAAAGCUGCAAGCAGCGAUGAACGCACCCUCACAGUACGUGUGCAUCUGGGCGUGGUGUGGCCUGGUUACCAAGCUUGAAAAUUUCAUAUAAAUCAGAUGGUGAACCACCAGAGAAGGCUUACCUCCUUUUUUCCAGUAGGUGCUAUGACUAUGACUAAAUAUUGGCAUUCAGCUGUGUUUGGAGAGGGACUCUUAUCAAACGUGAUGUUUGUAGCAGAUUAGAUGAUAUACACGCAAUCAUUCACUCUAAAGACGUUAAAUUUUCAACAUCUUUAGAGUGCACUGACCAAACUUGAAGUUGCUCCAUUAAAUUCUCUAGGAGAAGUACAACACCUGGAAAUAGCACCGAAAUUGGUAUGAAAUUUUAGUACAUUUGGACAUUACAGUUGUGCCUAUUCAUUUUUGUAUAUCUAAGUGAAACCUAUUGCAAAGGCUGCUUCAUUUAAAUUUUCUAGGGGGCACUAUGUAGCCAUUUUGCCACAUCCAUGAACAAUGAAUGGACUGAUAUAAAAUUAAAAAGUUUGUCACUUG